AUGGCAGCAGACAGACAAUACCUCGCCGAGACGAUAGCGUUUGUUCACCUAUCUACUCCCUCUCUUCGCGCACUUGUGGAUAUCCAGAGGGCUGACCCCCCCCAAUCCUAUAGAAACGUUAAAAGAGCUCUUGCAACGCAGUCGGAUGGCAAGUUCCCGCGCUUAAGCUCUGGAAAACCUCAUGCGACUUACUGACUUUUUUUAGGGUCUGAAUCCGACGACUCCAUAGCCUACACAUCAAAUCGUGGUCGCAAGCUUAAGCGCAAGGCCCGCUUCGUCCACGAAGGAGCACUGAACGAUGCGAAAGGACCGAGGGUCUAUAAGAAGGUGUGCAGGCACUUUGAUGCAGAGGGUAAUGGACGGGACUGACGGCGCGUUGCGGGGUUGUGUUUAGGAGAUUGAGUUUUAUGGUAAGCGGAGGAAGGUAAUUUACCAGAAGGAACCUCUCCGGAAACGAAACGACGAUUCGGAAUCGGAUGUUGAGGAGGACAGUGAUGAUGAUACGACGAGUGCGUCUGAUGAUUUGGAUCCUUAUUCGGGGAUCAGGAUCGAUAGUAUUCCACCUCCCCCAUCGCAUCGCAUUACCCUUGCUUGGGCUUUGGUUCGGUACUGAUAAACAGCUUUAGAAAUCCUCGCACCAUGCGAAAAUGCUGCGGAUUUACCAUCCCACCCCUCCAUGUCCCACAUAUAUACCUCGCGAACACUGAACGACCUCCUCCAGCAGUCGCUCACGAAACUAUGCGAGGAACAAGCCCACACGACGAAGCUAAAGAAUUUGCUUACGGUUUUCCUGGGUGACGACCCCUUUGUAAACUUGGAGAAGAUGCAGUGGCCGGACGAAGACUUUGCUGCGAUAGCUCGAGAGCGCAGCGAUAACCUUCUCCGGGAGCUUGGAGGGCCAUUACUGAGCGCCCGUGGGAGUAUCUCAAAUCCUACGACUACUGCCCUACCAUCGGCGCCGGCACCAGUACUUCCAGCAGCCGCGACGCUAGCGCUGGCCACAUCAGCCACAACCUCCCCAUCCAAACCGACAACAAACGGCGACCUCCCUCCUGCUCCGUCCAAAGACCCCGUACCCCCCACUACCACCAUCACAACAAUAGCAACCGGUUCCCCCACCUCCGAAAACCCUCCACCUCUCACGGCCACCACCACUGCUGAAGACAUGGACCUGGACCCACUCCUGGCAACCCCGCUAAAAACAGAACCCUCCACCCCUCCCACACCCCCACCCCGGCGCAUGGCCACCCGCUCAACCCAGAACUCCCACCCCACCUCCCCCCCCCCCCAAUCUCCCCCCACCAUCACCUGCGGGAGAUCGACCCCUGGUUCUUCCCACCCACCUUCCGCGUCGACGCCGACUUUGGCCUUCCCGCGCCCGAGGCUGCCGAGACGCGGCGCCUGCUCUCCUCUGCAGUCCAACACCAGGACGAGUUCCUCCGCGGCCUGAAUAAAGUCCGCGAAGGCCUCUUGCGCGCUGAGAGGUUCAGGAAGUACGUCUGGGGAUGGUGCAGGGCUAUGGAGGGGACUAGGGAGUACCUUGCUGCGGGAGGAGGUGGCGGAGGUGGAGGGGGAGGAAGUGGGGGAGGAGGAGGAACAGAGGAAGGUGGCGUGGAUGCUGAAGUGGAGGCGGGCGCUACCCUAAGUGAUGGCGAGGAUUACUAUGAUCCUGUUGAGUGGGGUCUUGAGGAACCCCUGGAAAAGGGCAAAGAGGAAGAGGAGGAGAAUGGCGGGGAAGUGGUUAGCGCUGGGAAGAAGACUAGGGGGAGGAGGACUGUGGGCAAUUGA